AUGAGCGGGAACGGCGCGCCCCCGACCCCGCCCGCGCCGCCCAAGGCUAAGCCGACGUUCUGCGGGACGAUAUCCGAGGCGGCGUAUACUGCGCGCGAGCGCCGCGAGGCACGGCGUGAAAGGCCGCAGCCGUGGGUGGUGCUGAAGCUCAUGCUGCCGAUAGUGCUCGGGAUCUUGGGCUACGCGGCCUACGUCUAUGCGGGGCGGUUUGUGAGGAGGCUGGUUGCGGGGGGCCGGGACGGGCUGGGAGUGGGCCUGCUGGUGCCGUGGAGUGUGCUGUGGCUGUGGACGGUGUGGGCGUAUGUGAAGGUUGUCUCGACGCCGCCCGGCGAUGCGUGCGAUUAUGUCGCCAAGUCGGACCGUCCGCUGCUGCCGCCGACGACGUGGGACGACCCGCAGGCACUAGAGGACAUCGAGGCCGGGAGGAUAGGCGGGCCGGCGUACGAGCAGCAGGCCCGCGAUCGAACAGAGCCGAUACCAAUACCACCACCGCCCCCAAUACCCCCCCUGCCCACACGCCAGUCGUCCAAAUCCCUCCGUCCGACCCGCGGCCGCCUGCCGCCGACCACGGCGCCGCUGCUCCCCGCCAACCGCUGGUGUUCCCGCUGCAAAAUCGUCAAGCCCUACCGCGCGCAUCACUGUCGGGCGUGUGGGACUUGCGUCCUCAAGUUCGACCAUCACUGUCCCUGGAUCGGCCAAUGCGUCGGCGCGCGGAACCACAAAUUUUUCCUCAUCUUCAAUCUUUCCGCCAUGCUUCUUGGCGCGUACACCUUUUCCUCGCUCCUGGCGGUCAACGUGGUUGAUGGGGGCGCCAUCGACCCGCAGGAGGCUGUCAUUGUCGCCCUUAGUGCGCUGUUUCUGCUGUUCACCGCAUCGCUUUUCUUUGCCCACGUGCGGAUGAUCCUGCUGACUCAGACGACUGUCGAGGGCCUCGUGGUGCGCACGCUGAAGGACCGCGAGUCUGCCCAGCUGGCGAGCGAGGGGCAUCCCUGGUGGGACGUGCGCGGCAAGCGCGCCACACUGAGAACCUACGACGCCGAGUGGGGCGCGCCGGACACGGAGGGCAACCUGUGGUGGCCGGGCUCGUACCGCGCGGCGUGGGAGGACGUCAUGGGCGCCGGUUGGCUGGGCUGGAUACUGCCCAUCGGGCGGGCGGGGAGCGACGGGCGGGCGUACGCGCCGAAUCCGCGGUUCGAUAGGGAUGGGCGGUGGAGACGGCGCGCGGAGUGGCCGGAGGAGCUCAGGUAG